AUGGCUGCUUUUCUACUUCCCAGUUGGCAGCUGGACUUCAGCGGUCCCCGAGAAAAAGCACUCACGGUGCAUGAAAUUCGCCAGAAGAAGCGCUUGUCGGUAAAGCGCAAGGUGAAGCGCAAGGUCAAGUUUGCCCAUCAGUUACACAGGCUCAUCAAAGUAUUUCUCCCUUCACCCUCAAGAAGCAAGCCUACAACUCAGGUUCGCGGCUCGCUUCAAUAUCGAAGCCCUUCUCCCUUUCCCAGGGGCAGAGUCGCCGAAGAAGUCGACGAGAUUAAGGAGCAGCCUGAGGGCGACGUCCUUGACGCGCCGCCGCGUCCUGCAUCACGCACAAGUGAUGCUUCCACGAGCAUGUGGGGAGUUCCCAUUUCGUACCUCGACGGUGCUCGCCAGAGCCGCUCUCCGUCUCGACCCGCCAGUCAGGAUGUCCAAGCCAGACAUGAGGUGAAGGUGACAACCCCGCCCACCCUAGAGGCACGACCACAAACGGCAGCCAUCGAGCAAAUGCUGUCAAAUAUGGUCAACGACAAGACACCCCUCCUCGGCGACACCAUUACUCGCAAGGUGGACACUACCAGCGAAGAGGAAGACAUUAUGGUUACUGCUAGGAUCCAGAAGCUCAACCCUCAUUCAUCAAGCAAGAUGCCCGCCAUCAACUCCACAAGACCCCUCCAAUACCUUGGAGUGAACCAAGACGACAUCUCUUUCGACAGCGUUAGCUGUGGCUCCCAAAGCAGCAAUCGCCCACUACUCACAACGGGUGCCGCAAAAAAUAGGGGCUGGCUGCCUCUACCCCGCCACAGACACUCCAACUACUCUUCCUCGAGAGCCUCCUAUGGGGUUAGCUCGUCAACCACCAUCAACACCGGGGAAGCUUCCCUUCUUCGUCGCGGGGCCGUUGCCGAUUCCAGAAAUCGCAGCGGCUACGACGCCUUGCCUCACCAAGCCAAGAGCGAGCCCAGUCUUCCAUCCUCCAGCUACAGUGCUGGCCCUUCAUCCUUGCCGGCUGGAACAAGCAUUCCAAGCCCAGUCACUUACUCCGUAGUCGCAGCGGUCAACGAGGCACAGCAUCCUCAAAAUACACCGUACCCAAGACAAAACAACAUGUCGCAGGAAAGCAUCAAGCACCAGCCUUGCAUCGGCAGUGCUUCUCUCAAGUUUUCCGGUGGCUCUGAAGUCGGCGGUCAUCAGGCAAUAUCAUCCGAGGCUCAAGAAGCGAAUCUUCUGACAACAAACCGCAUUUGGCCCACAAACCAAGACACUGGGCCGAAUCUUCGGAGGCUUCCUUCUGAGGAAGUCUUGUUCAAGGGCAACCCCAGCUGUUGCGCCCACCGUGAGGUCACUCAUGAUCUUCACCGCGACAAGAUCUACCCUACCGUCCGAGAACCAAAGCGUGAAGCCGACCACGGUCACAUUGCCACUCAGUUUGUAGAUGAUGCCCUCUGGCCAACGCCUGGAGAUUCUGCAGAGCACACAACGAGCCGGGUUAAGGUUGAAAUUAUUUCCACCGACAUCAAGAACGAGAUUGACCGAUCCUUAAUCGACGAAAACAGCUUGAACAUGAUCACUCUGUUAUGA